GAUAGUAGUGGGCCUUAAUGAGGGUCGUUUAAGAUUGAGGCUUACGGAGGCAUUGGUACGCUCUGUUCGUCUCUCAGCAAGUGUGUCUCGUGACUGGUCAGUUGAAUAUGCCUCAUUCAGUCUUGCCUUUUGGCCUCCAACUCCUCCUGCAGCCGCAGACACGCAAGAGGUCAGUGACGCCGGUCUCGAGGAAGAAAUGGUGCCGUCCGAGCGACAACGCCAAACGGUGGCCUACAGCAAACUGGUGGAACUGGCCACGGCGGCGGCCGCCGCGCUCGCCGCCUCUUCCAGCUCCGCGGAGGCUGGUACCGAGUCGGUCCGUCCGAGUGGUGUCGGUCGCAUCUGCCCCUCGGACAACCUGUCGAGCGAACUGUUGCGUCUUGCGGGCCUACCGGCUCCGACG